GGGAACGACGUGGACCCAACGCAUGCAACACAAAUUAAAACCCGGCUAGUUUGAAAUAGCCUAGUUUAUUCCGAUUCGGCGGUGUCGUUGGUGUUUUCUUCACAUUUGUAUGUUUCACCAAGCGCAGCGUUUAGUUUAUUGUAUUAUGUGGGAACAGAGUGAAGCUCCCGGCAUGUCUGCGCCCUGAAGAGCCACAGAGGCUGAAGGCGAUGUGGCGGCCCACCUGUGGCAGGUCCCUGAGGGCAGGCGGUGGAAGUUUACCCAGAGUGUGGAGCAAAUGGGGGCAGAGGCUCUGCUCUCCAGCAGCUCAGCCUCCACCUUCCUCCUACUCAUCCUCCUCAGAGCCCUUACAUCCUCAUAGACCUCAGUCAGAAAAGGCAAAACGGAAAAGAAAGAGAGAAGAGGCCAUACUCGAAAGUAAUGUUGAUAAUGUUGGGAUGAAAUGGUCAGAAAAAGAGAAGAUAGUGUACACGGCUGCUGUCUUGCCUGGAGAGAAGAAAGACACAACUGUGCCCCUCCCACAGUCCUACAGCCCAGAAUAUGUGGAGUCCUGCUGGUAUCCGUGGUGGGAGAAACAGGGAUUUUUUAGGCCUGAGAAACAUAAUGAGCUCCCACAAGCUGUAGAUAGAAUUUUCUCCCUCUGUAUCCCCCCACCAAAUGUGACGGGCACCCUCCAUCUUGGUCAUGCUCUGACAGUGGCGAUAGAGGACGCUCUUGCUCGCUGGCGGCGAAUGCAAGGCUACAAGGUGUUGUGGGUGCCGGGCUGUGACCAUGCUGGGAUUGCAACGCAGUCCGUUGUUGAGAGGAGGUUGCUAAGGGAACAAGACAAGCGUCGGCAAGACUACAGCAGAGAGGAAUUUCUGCAGGAAGUUUGGAGAUGGAAACAAGAGAAGGGAGAUGAGAUUUAUCAUCAGCUGAAGAAACUUGGCGCUUCACUGGACUGGAGCAGGGCCUGUUUCACCAUGGACCCGGGUUUCAGCAAGGCAGUGACGGAGGCCUUCGUUAGGAUGUGUGAUUCGGGGCUGAUCUAUCGCUCUGAAAGCCUGGUCAACUGGAGCUGCGCACUAGAGUCUGCGAUUUCAGACAUAGAGGUCGACUCAAAGCAGCUGCCUGGCAGGACUCUUCUGUCUGUUCCUGGCUAUGAGCAGAAAGUGGAAUUUGGGACCAUGAUUACAUUUGCAUAUCCUAUAGAAGGACACGAGGGCGAGGUCGCUGUGUCAACCACCCGUCCUGAGACCAUGCUGGGAGAUGUGGCCAUUGCUGUACAUCCGGAUGAUACCAGAUACCAGGCUCUCCAUGGUAAACAGUGCAGGCAUCCUUUUACAAAUAGGCUGUUGCCUAUAAUCACAGAUCCUGUGGUGGACAUGGGGUUGGGAACAGGAGCUGUGAAGCUGACCCCUGCUCACGAUCACACUGACUUCCUGCUCUCUCAGAGACACUCACUGCCGCGCCUCACUGUGAUUGGAGGAGAUGGAACCAUGACCUCACAUUGUGGGCACUGGCUACAGGGAGUAAAGCGAUUCCAGGCCAGGGAGCGAGUGAUUAGUGCACUGAUGGAGAUGAAGUUAUUCAGAGGAAAGGAGGAUCAUCCCAUGUCCUUACCAAUUUGCAGCCGCUCCGGGGAUGUCAUUGAACCCUUGCUGAAGAAACAGUGGUUUGUUCGCUGUGAGAAAAUGGCACAAAAGGCAAUACAAGCAGUGGAUGAGGGAGAGCUGGAAAUAAUACCUCACUUCUACACCAAAACAUGGAAGAAUUGGCUCUCAAACAUCAGUGACUGGUGCAUAUCCAGACAGCUUUGGUGGGGUCAUCAGAUUCCAGCAUAUCGAGUGACAUUACCAGAGUCUGGUAACACACAGGAGGAGCAGUGGGUGUGGGGCAGGAGUGAAGCGGAGGCCAGGGAACGUGCUGCUGCGAAGUUUGGAGUGUCCCCUACUGCUCUUAUCCUCACACAGGAUCCGGAUGUGCUGGACACGUGGUUCUCUUCAGGUCUUUUUCCCUUCGCCAUGCUGGGCUGGCCUGAGCAGACCGAGGACUUGAAGCAGUUCUAUCCCAACACAAUGCUUGAGACGGGAAAUGACCUCAUCUUUUUCUGGGUGGCCAGGAUGGUGAUGCUCGGCACAGAGCUGACCGGCCAGCUGCCCUUUAAACAGGUGCUCUUUCAUUCUCUGGUGAGGGAUAAGCACGGCCGGAAAAUGAGCAAGUCUUUGGGAAAUGUCAUCGACCCUCUGGAUGUGAUCUCAGGUGUCUCUCUAGAGAGACUUCAAGAAAAGGUCAUGGAAGGUAACCUGGACCCAAGAGAGAAAGCUGUUGCUAUGGAAGCACAGAGGAAAGAUUUCCCAAACGGUAUUCCAGAGUGUGGGACAGACGCAUUGAGAUUCGCCCUCUGCUCCUACAAAGCCCAGGGAGAGGACAUCAGUCUGUCUGUGUCUCAGGUGCUGAGCUGUCGACACUUCUGUAAUAAGAUGUGGCAGACAGUGCGCUUCACUCUCGGAGCUCUGCUGGACGUAGGUUCUCCUGUGACGCCGCUGCCUGAGACAUUUCCUUUGACGAGGAUAGACAAAUGGAUCUGUUCCUGUCUCUACAGCACAGUGGAGCAGUGUGAGAGAGGUUUUGAGAGCUAUGAGCUGCACACAGUCACUUCCGCUCUGCACUCCUUCUGGCUCCACAGCCUCUGUGAUGUCUACCUGGAGUGCAUCAAGCCAGUGCUGAAACAACAGGUCACUGAAAGCGAGGGAGAAAGAAAGGUGGAGAAGCGGGUUGCCGCUGCUGUGCUCUAUCACUGCGUGUCCACCUCUCUGCGUCUCCUUUCACCCUUAAUGCCGUUUCUCACUGAGGAGCUCUGGCAAAGGCUGCAGCCUUACAGCCCGAGGCCCAGUACAGCUUCGAGCAGUGUGUGUAUGCAGUCCUAUCCGACGACCUCUGAGCUGGCUCACUGGCAUUUUCCUCAGGAUGAAGCUGAUUUUCCUCUGGUUCAGGAAGUGGUCCGGGUGGCAAGGUCACUGAGGGCCCAGUAUCACCUAACUAAGGAAAAACCAGAUAUGUGGGCAGUGUGCACAGCAGACCAGGCUCAGACCCUCUACAGCUUCAGCCCUGCUAUUUGCAUCCUGGGCCGGGUCUCUAACCUGCACCUGCACUGUACUCAAGAGGGCGCUACAUCACUCCCAUUUGUCUCAGCCCCACCUCCACCUGAAGGGAGUCCCUUUGGUGUAGUUGGCCAUUCCAUUCAGCUACACCUUGACAUACAGAACUGCAGUAAUGCUGACAAACAGAUAAUCCUCCUUUCCCAGCGUAGAGAAAAGCUUCUCUUCAGACUUCAGCAAUCGCUCUCUAAAACUAGAGGACCAGGCUACGCAGAAAAAGUUCCUGAGCGUAUUCGGCUGGAGACAGAAAAUAAGAUUGCAGCCUUGGAGCAGGAACUGAAGAGCAUUAAUGACCAGCUUUUGGCUUUAAAGUCAUCAAAAAGUUAACAGAGAGCUUGAAGUACAGUAAUUAAGCCAAAGAAAUGGAAAUCACAGUGAGCGGUAUUUAUAUAUAAAGUAUAAAAAAGAAUACCUACUGGACCAUAGCGUCAAAGUUAAUGUUAUUGUUCAUAUUGCUUGAAUGUACCGUAAAUGUUGAAAUAAUAAAUGAUUCACUGGGUGUCCUACUAUA